AUGGGACAGAGUGUUUCAUGGCUUUCAGGCCUCAUUUGGGCGAAGAAGGAGAUCAGGAUUCUGAUUCUCGGCCUGGACAAUGCUGGCAAGACAACAUUGCUGUAUAGGUUGAAGAUAGGGGAUGUCGUUACGACGAUACCGACGAUAGGCUUCAACGUGGAGUCAGUCACAUACAAAAACCUCAAUUUCAACGUAUGGGACUUGGGUGGUCAGACAUCGAUCCGUCCCUACUGGCGGUGCUAUUAUGCCAACACAGCAGCGGUCAUCUUUGUGGUCGACUCGACGGAUAUCGACCGUUUACAAACCGCAGCCGAUGAGCUAGCCGCUAUGCUGAACGAGGACGAGCUGAAGGAUGCAGCAUUGUUGGUGUUUGCAAACAAGCAGGACCAGCCUGGAGCAAAGGGAGCCGGUGACAUAUCACAGGCGCUGAGGCUUGGCGAGCUUCGGGACAGGAACUGGAGCAUCAUGGCAUGCUCUGCUGUCGAUGGAAGUGGUGUAAAUGAAGGCAUGGAUUGGCUUGUGCAAACGGUCUCGCAAGAGUCAUAA